CAGUUGGUUGUUUAGUAUGUCUCGAGCGGUUUUAUGUGUUUGUAGUAUGAACGUCUCCGUUGUUUUUAAUUAAUUGUUAUAUCGUAUUAUAUAUGCAUAUAUAUUUAAAAAUACGACCAUGAUAAUGCAGUAGAAACUUUUUUAACUGUUUUCAAGACUAAAAUAUUUAAGAUUAAAAAUUGAUUUUGAAACAAUCAUGCGAUUAUUUAAGAGGCGAUGUUCCGAUCCAAGUCCACAAUUAGUUAGUUUAGCUCAUAUUGAAAAUCAAGAUCUAAAUGAAGCGACUUCAGGUUAUACAACGCCUAAAGGAUAUGCUACGCCUGACAAUUGUUCACCUAAACCACAGAAAAAAAGUUUAGCAACGUGGGGUAAAAAAGUAGGACGCAGAUGGGACCAACUUAAGAGAAGUGAUUCUUCUGAACUACUUCAAAUGUCUCCAAAUCGUAGAAGACAGUGGUCGCCUAUGUCAAAAGAUAGUAUUUCAAAUGAGCCCGAGCCUGAUUUAUAUCAACGUUACAUGGAAAAUUUACACAACAGGCGAUUGUCGAGGAUAGAAAGUGUUAGAAGUACAGAAAAGCUUGAAAUAUCGAUGAAAUCACAAGAUCCUGACUGGUUAAAAUAUGAAUGUCAAAAAGGGUUAGAAGAUUUGUACGCUAUGGAACAAGUAUCACAUAUUAAAACUAUGUCCUCUAUUCGACCGGGAAAAACUAAAAGAACCAUAUUGCCUUCAGAUAUUGUUGAAAAUCCUUUAGAAGAACAAUGCAUCCUUAAAUAUCUAUUGGCUAACAAAAAAGUAUUGGGAUUAGAACAUAAAACUGACGAUCUGUCAUCACUAUGCUACGAGGAUCUUAUAAAACUAUUUAAUAAAGUUGGUGAUCGACACAAUAACAGUAACACUAUUCUUAAAACUCGUAGAAGGAGACAUACGAGUUUUGGAGAAUCUCUAACGCUAACUUAUCCAGAUGAACGUAAUGGUGUAAUAUUAAGAGCUGAUGAAAGCGGUUAUGAAAGCGAUUUUACAAGAAACGGCGGAGAUUCCCCUAGAGGAUCAAUCAAGUCACAAUCUUCUAAUGAUAAUGACGAAUUUUCUUGUAAAAAAAAUUUCUACUCCGGAAUAAAGAGGGGUGGUGUAAAAGAACUUCAACUGGGAUCAAGUAUUGAAAAAUUGUCAUUGGCAUGUAAUGAGUGCAGAAAACCUUCUGACCAAAAUUUGAGUCUAUAUCAAAGAUUUUUAAUGAAAAAGGGUAGCUCAUUAAAGCCGAAUAAUCAAUACCAUGCCGAAAUAAAAACCAUACGUAUAAAUAAACGUUAUGGAGAAGACGUCGGUGUUCAAACAGAAUUUCGUGAUUCUGGUUCAUCUCGUUCUAAUAUCCUGUUUAUUACUAAGUUAUCUGGUCCCGCAGCCAUAGAUGGUAGACUAUGUAUCAAUGAUGAAAUUAUCAAAAUUAAUGGUACUCGGGUACGAGGUAUGAAGUGUCAAGAUGUUGAAUGUUUAAUGCGUCCGACAAAGUACAACAUAGAGUUUGUUGUGUCUAGACGUACAUGUCCACAAUCUUCAACUCCAACUUCUGAAUCAGCAUUAAAAAUUUUACAAAAACCUCCGACAGUUCCUAAGGUGUUGACAUCAAAUUCAGAUGAUAUGCAAGAGCCUGCAAUAUAUUCUAGACAAUCUUCGUUACCAGAAAUUAAAUUAGAAGAAAAACCAAAAAUUACAGGAAUGCGAAAAUUUUCAAUUCAUCACAUCGAUAAUAUCCAACCUAAGCAAUCACAAUUUCCCCAAUUACCUAGACCAAGAUCACUAUCUAUUUCGCUAUCAACUGUUACCUUCAGCAAAGGACCUGGUCAUAAAUCACUAGGGUUUAGUAUCGUAGGUGGCACUGAUUCUCCAAAAGGCAGUAUGGGCAUAUUUGUCAAGACCAUUUUCCCAAAUGGCCAGGCAGCUGAAUCAAAACGCUUAAAAGAAGGUGACGAAAUAAUAAGUGUGAAUGGAAAAAACUUAGAUGGUUUUCGACAUUCUCAAGCUAUUUCACUUUUUAAAGAGAUAAAAACCGGACAAAUUGUUAUGCAAGUUGGAAGAAGAGAUUUUAUCAGGAAUAAGUCUAAGUCAUGUGACGAAUUAGAAAAAAUUUGAUCCUUAAUUUAUAGUGAAAAUGAAUAAAUACAAUUUACUGUGAUAAAAAUGUUAAAUUAUGGUAGUAUUAGAAUAGUUUUUAAUUUAAUUUAUUAUAUCAAAUAGUUUAUGAUUUGAUAUCGUUUCUUUAAAUUUUGUGAAUGCUAAAAAUAUACUAUUGCAUUAUAAAAUAUGUAGAAUCCUAUUGGUACCAAAAUUAAAGAUGUAAUUAAUUUUCAAUUAAUAAAUAUCAAUGUAAUUAAUUAGAAAAUAAUUAUUUUUGUACUUAUUAAUGCGUUUAUCAUUUACUGUAAACUUUAUAUUUCUAAUAAUAAAUUCUUCAUUUAACUACAUAAUCUUUUAAAAUUACCUAAUUAGAUUCUUGUUUAAAACCUCUAAACAGUCGAAAUUUUAUAACAGUAGUAUUCAUCAUCUACAAGUAGUGUUACUCGAACUAAGUGUUCGAAUGUACUUGUGUGCAUAUAUUAUAUUAUACAUUUAAUUAACGUGAGUAUACAAAUAAUAUAUCUUAACAAAGAAUUUUAUAAAAUAUAACGAAUAUAUUUUUUUAAUAUUUCCUCAGAUGUAUUUUCGAAUGAUUUUAUUCGUUAUAAUGUUUUUUACACUAAAUUUGAAAAUUUGUUUUUCAAAAUCGAUUUCCCAAUUAGAUCCACACACAACAAACGAGAGUCGUGAAGACAUGUUAACAGAAGAAACAGUUGGUUGGUUGGGUGGCGGCUAUCCAUGGUCAGGUCAAUGGGGCUUAGGAUCCUGGGGACAUGGACCAUUUGGUCUAGGAUCAUUUGGAUAUGGACCAUUCGGAUUAGGAUCAUUUGGAUUUGGAAACUGGGGUUCGC